AUGCUUUAUGUAACAUUCUUUUUUUUUUCAGUGCAAACUGAAAGGCCACUUGCUAGGAUAACUCGAGCUGCUUCUCGAAAGGCUUCAAAUAGCAAACUCCUAAUUCUGGACCUCAAUGGGGUGAUUCUAGCCAAGAAUUCCAAUGACAGAUAUGACUUUAAAUUCAGGCCAUAUACCCAUGAAUUUUUGAAAUUCUGCUUCUCAUGUUUUAAUGUGGCAAUUUGGUCAUCAAAACAAUGGCAUAAUGUUCAACGUGUAAUAAAAAAUCUGCCACAUUUUAAAUGGGAGUUUGUUUGGAAUCAGGCUCACUGCACUGUAGUCGAAACCAAAACUAAAGAAAAUCCAGAAAAAAAGAUUAUGUUUAAGGACUUGAGGAAAGUUUGGAAAGAUUUUGAGCAAUAUGGUCUGUCUAACACAUUGUUAGUCGAUGAUUCUCCAUAUAAAUCAUUCCUUAAUCCUAGAUACAAUGCCAUCUUCCCCGAAUCUUAUGCGUUUUCAAGUGAAAAGGAUAAUUAUCUGGAUCCUAAAGGAGAAUUUGCUCAGCACUUGAAGAAAUUGGCUGAAGCUGAUAACGUAGAAGAAUUCAUCAAACAAAACCCAUUUGGUCAACCGCCCAUAAUAGAAGAAAGUGACGAAUGGCACUUUUACAUGAAGGCUCUUAAUGAAAGCUGA